CCGGAAGUUGCCGAGCGCAGGCGCGGGGAUCCGAGUGCUGCCGAGCUGUGAGCCGCCGAUGCCGCGCAGGUGAGGUGGACGAGUUUCCAGAGUCAAGUCGUUCAGCUCGCCGGUACUCGGGCCGAAACGCUCGGUGUCUGUACGGAGCCCGGAUCGGGAGAGGAGCACGAUCGUAGCCGCCUUCCUUAGGCCGCUAGCAGGUUGGACUUCACUUGGACGGCGGCCUCUUCCGCAGAUGGACUUGCUGUGCCACACACUGCCAGACCUCACGUGACCGAGUGUGACGAGGACGUUUGCCCUGCCCUGGAGCCAGGCUGCCAUGCUGUCUGCUCAGCCCAGGUAGGCCGACCGCUCCGAAGACAUGAAGCUCAAGCAGAGGCUGGUGCUGCUCGCCGCCCUGCUGGUGGUCUUCAUCCUGGCCAAGGUGUUCCUGCUCGAUGGCGGCGAGGGCUCGGUGGCCAGUCGACAGGACCUGCGUGCCUUUCAGCGCAUGGAGGGGGGCUUGCGGCUCCAGCGGGGCGCGCGUCUCGACCACACUCUUCAGUCCCCCUGGGAAGUGGCUGCCCAGUGGGUGGGACCCCGCGAGGUCUACCCGGAUGAGACCCCCGAGCUGGGGGCGGUGCUGGCCGCCAUGGCGACGAGCCGCAUCGAGCGGGCCGACGUGGGCUACAAAGGGACGCAGCUGAAGGCCCUGCUGGUACUGGAAGGGGGACAGAAGGUGGUCUUCAAGCCGAAGCGGUACCCCCGGGACUACGUAGUGGAGGGGGAGCCGUACGCGGGAUACGACCGGCACAAUGCCGAGGUGGCCGCCUUCCACCUGGACAGGAUCCUGGGCUUUCGCAGGGCCCCGCUGGUGGUGGGCCGCUUUGUGAACCUGCGGAUGGAGAUCAAGGCCGUGGCCAGCGAGCAGCUGCUCAGCACCUUCCUGAUGCAGGGGAACAACAGCUGCUUCUACGGCAAAUGCUACUACUGUCGGGAGAGCGAGCCGGCCUGCGCCGAAGGGGACGUCAUGGAGGGCUCGGUCACCCUGUGGCUGCCCGACGUGUGGCCACUGCAGAAGCACCGGCACCCAUGGGGACGGACGUACCGCGAGGGCAAGCUGGCGAGGUGGGAGUAUGACGAGAGUUACUGCGAUGCCGUGAAGAAGAUGGCCCCCUACGACUCGGGUCCCCGCCUGCUGGACAUCAUAGACACGGCCAUCUUUGAUUACCUCAUUGGCAACGCUGACCGGCACCACUAUGAGAGCUUCCAGGAUGACGGCGGUGCCAGCAUGCUCAUCCUGCUGGAUAAUGCCAAGAGCUUUGGAAACCCGGCUCUUGAUGAGCGAAGUAUCCUGGCCCCCGUGUACCAGUGCUGCAUGGUUCGCGUCUCCACUUGGAACCGCUUGAACUUGUUGCGCGGUGGGGUCUUGAGCUCGGCCCUGAGGACCGCCACAGCCCACGACCCCAUCUACCCCACACUCACAGAAGCCCACCUGGUGGCUCUGGACCGGCGGCUGGAGGGGGUGCUGACCAUCGUGCGCCAGUGCGUGGAGACCCUUGGUGCCGACUCGGUGCUCGUGGAGGACCGCUUGAGACUGUCGCACUCGUAGGCCCGGCCAAUUCAACAAGGGCUGUGGUGCCCCCCGAGGACUGUCUGCCCAGGCAUCCUGGCGAGAGACUUGAACUGCUUCCAAGGAGGUGGCGUCGAGGCCACUGGCUGCUUUGUUUUUUUCUAAGUUAUUAAAAAAGGAAAUCGGAGAGGACCGUG